AUGGAUGCCCAUGUGGAAAUUUUGAAAUGGGCCCGUGAGUAUGGAUGCCCAUGGGAUGCAAGAACGUGUACUGAAGCAUCCAGGAGUGGCCAUUUGGAGAUACUGAAAUGGGCCCGUGAGAAUGGAUGUACCUGGAAUAGAUUCAUAUGUGAAGUUGCCGCUGAAGGGGGACAUUUGAAAAUUUUGAAAUGGGCUCGUGCCACUGAAGCCCCUGGGAUCGAAUGGACAUGUACAGCAGCUGCUCGAGGGGGUCGCUUGGAAGUCCUCAAGUGGUGUCGGGAGAGUGGAUACGCCUGGAAUGAGAACACAUGUUCUAGUGCUGCCUUGAAUGGACAUUUUGAUAUCUUGAAAUGGGCGCAUGAGAAUGGAUGCCCGUGGAAUGCAGAUACAUGCUUAUUUGCUGCUUUGAGUGGCCAUUUGGAAAUUUUGAAGUGGGCUCACGAAAAUGGCUGUCCUUGGGAUGAGCGAACUUGUCUAUAUGCUUCAAAAAGGGGGCAUAUAGAUGUUUUGAAGUGGGCUCGUGAAAAUGGAUGCCCAUGGGAUGGAAGAACAAUCAGUCAUGCUCAUAAUUCAGAUAUUGCAAAGUGGGCUCGAGAAAAUGGCUGCCCAGAACCGUGGUAA